AUGCCCUGCCAUCGCAUCGCACGUGUGUCGAGACUUAUCGAUGUGGAUUUCUAUGCAAUGCGUGAUAUCACACUCUUGACUGAUCUCUAUGAAUACGUGAAACGACCAACACGACGCGUAGAAGUUUCUGAAAUGUUGGAUAGUCAGUGUGCUGAUUUGCCGUGUAUCGUUCGCACGCCGAGGCCUGGCAAAAAAGAAGCUCGUCUUUAUCGGGCAUUAGCAAGGCAGUUUGAUCCGAUGCGAGGCACGUGUAUUGCAUAUCUGAUAGAUUACGAUCAGUCGGUGGAAUGCGAUAUCCAUCCGAAGUACGCGAUAUGCCAAUGGCAUCAUUUUUCUUCAAGGUGGUCAGAAGUACGAUUGGAAAGCGGACUGCAUCAAGACGACCAAUACAGUGUUUGCAUUCUAUCGAAGCAACAGAACGGAUCGUUCUCGGGUACAGUAUGGACGAGCACAAGUCUGCACAGCAGCAAUCCGAGUACGAAUAUGAUCUCAUCGUCGCGAAAACAAAUCGAAGCAGAUGAACAACGAAUGGGAAUGCAGAAAAGGUUGAAAAUUGAAGGCGAUCAAGCGACCUUACGUCGUAUGGAGGCUGAACUCAAAGAGCGAGCUGAAUUGUUGCGUAAAGAACGCGAACAGUUCGAGAUUUCGAAGAGGAAUCGCUCACAAGAGUUAUCGCUGGUGACGAUGCAACUUCAAGUGGCGAAUAUCUCGAAGAAAGUCGAUACAAUCGCGACAAGUGGAUUACCGGUCGGUGCUUUGGGAGGGUUAAAUGGUUGUGGAAUGUUGGGCAUAGCAGCAGCCAAUGCGAUAAUGCAACAACAAUGGCAACAAACAACCAGUCACACGGUUAAUGCUAUCACCGCCGCGUCUACGACCACUAAUCAAGCUACUGUCAAUAUGCAACAGAUGUUACGUUUAACGGGUCAGUUUGGGAUGUUUGGUAACAACGCUAUACCUCAACAGGCUCAGACACAACCUCAACAAGAUCAACUGCAGAACAACAUAAACUCAGAACCGUUCAUGAAUUCAUCGUCGUAUCCAAUGGUACAGAUGCCCGAGAGUACAUGUCCUUCGUCGACAGCGUCAACAGCUGCUGCGUAUUGCCAAAGUAGUAUCGCAUCGGAUCUUCUGAAUGGAAAUGCGACGAAAACGGACAUGUCAUAUGGACCACUGAGUGUAUGGUCGAAUGUAAAAAAUGCUCAACGACGAGGACUAUCUGGUAGCGGUGGCGGCGGUAGUAAUAUACGACCGCCAACGGAAUUCGUAAACACUUCAUUGAGGAAUGAUCGUUCUGAAGCAAGAUCACCGUUCAGUUCAAAUCAACCCGGUGGGCGCUACCAGCAACAACGGCAAGCGAUCACCAAUACCACUGGCUUAUCCUCAUACAACAAUCGCACCGAAUGCAGUCACAAUGGAUUCGGUGAAUACGCUAAUUGUAAGAGCGAUUCACCCAACAAUAACCAAUCGGAUCGGAAGGCUCGUUGGACGAAGAAAGAGCGCGAUGGAAGGGCUGGUGUGAAUCGCUUUGCUGCCAAAGGAACACCAACGAAAGAAUACUAUAGUCGGAGAUAUGAAGGUAAUCGUUAUCAGCGUAGAGGAUCCGCGUCAGUAUUUUGCGAGAGUUGUCAUCAUGAGGGUCACUUCACGAAAAAUUGUCCAUUGAACGUGGAACGUAGUCGAAGACGUCGCGAUGCUGGAGAUUUUAUACACUCUUCCUCACCACUAGUGGACGAUCGAAUUAUCGAAAAGCAAACAUUCUAUGUGACUCGUCCACGUGACAAGGAUGGCAAUUUGUUGUAUACAUCAGACGAAUCAUCUGAAGAUGAAACAACCGAACUGGAUGAACAACAUUCGUCGGAUAGUGAUGAGCAUUCAGAACAUUCACGAGCACAUUCGGCUGAAAAGGACGAUCAACGAUCAGAGGAGGUCACAUCAAAAACGCAGUUGUCGUCACCGGGUAUGAUCGACGAUGAGGAAGUGUCACCAGCGAUCAUCUUCAGUGCUGGACAUAUCAUACAGAUACUCAACUAUCAGCCGUAUUUUGACUAUGUGCAAGUGAAGAAGAAUGAAGUGCACGUGGUGAAACGAAGCGAUGAGGACCAUUCAAAUCUAAAUUGGCCAUUGUUCUUCGUUCAGCUUCAACAAGAAAGCUUAUUAGAUUUUCUUGAGCAGCAUCUCGAUUCACUGCAACCUAACGUCGAAUUACCUCAACAACAAACGGUUGUUGGCGCAUUGUGCGUAUCGUACUGUAAAGCGUUUGAUGCAAAUUUCCGAGCCGUUAUCAUGAAUGUCGAUGGGGAUAAUGUAACAGUGCUGUACGUCGAUUAUGGAAAUUACGAGACAGUCAAACGUGAUCAACUGAAAUCGAUCGAUGAUCAGCCGGAACAGACUCGUAAUCAUCCUGGAAUGGCAAUUCCUUGUAUCUUGUCCAGUUUGGACGAUGGUUAUUCGAACGCGGGCGGUGAUCUGGAGCAAGAAGAUGUAGAGAGCAUGCAGAAUGAUGUGUCGUGCGAUCGCGAUCAUUUCUGCCUCAAAUUCUUGAGCCAACGUCCUGAUGGUGUUCAGGUGGUUGAGGUUGUGCAUCAAGUGCCUCCUGCAUAUCAUUAG